GCUCGCUUCUCGCCAUCAGUAAGAGUCCUCCGGCACUGGAGCGCUUCGCUGCUUGCCGUCUGAGCUGAUAAGCACGACCCGUCAGAUUGGGGGUGCCACCUUGGCGGACUUAGCGUGCUCAUCGACGCUAGCACAGAGAUGCCGCUAUGGAGAGCCGCCGGUGCCGGAGUGCACCCUCUCUUGCUCUUGCCGCCCCCGCCGCUUCAGUUCAUGCUUCGCGCCUCUGGCGCUCUCCUGCCGCUACUCUGCAGGCCUGCAGGGAUCGAUCGCAGCGCCUUUGCCCGCCUUCGAUAGGGGCCUCGUGGUCAGCGGCGUUGCUGCUCCCUCGGCAGAAGCCGCGCCAGACGGCAGCCAGCGCCCACGCCAGCGGCAGGCGGUGCGGGCGGAACGGCGCCGCAUCCCGACGCCAGCCCCGUCGGCAAGCCCCUCGUGCGCGCUUCUUUGGUGCGCCAGAGCCGCAGCGCCGUGCGGCGAGAUGAAGGUGGGAAGAGAUGAAGCGGCG